UUUGUUUGUUUGUUUAGAUGCUAAAGCGAAGCUAGCUCAUUCUACAACAGAACGACCGAGAUGAGCUCUCAGAGACGGAAACAAGUUAUGGUCCAGCGAUCAUCAGUUCAUUAUAAACGUCCAGCCAAAUCAGUCAGAGGCUCUGAAAACUAUUUAGAGAAGAUGCCACCAGAGAUCACUGAGAAGAUCAUUUCAUAUUUGGAUCCAGGAUCUCUCUUCUGCCUUGGCUUCGUCAACAAGCAUUUCCAUGAGCUGACUGAAAACAGCGCCAUGUGGUAUCGCUUUUACACCUGGCAGCGAGCAAAAACGAAGACAUCCAGGCUAAUAAAGGAUGUGACAGAUGGAGUGGACAUGGCCAGCAUUCGGGAAAAGCCUGGGGGAUACUGGAGGAGAGUUUUCUUUAAAGAACUGACCCGUCAUAAUGAAAGCUGGGAGAGAAAACUAAAAUCCAGUCAUUCUUACACUGGACUGCCAAUUCGAACAGCUGAAGUCCUCAGGGGUUUUGAUGUCAAGUGGGAGAUCACAGUGAAGGAACCAAGUGGACGUGAGAACAGGAUUCAAGCUACCGACGUGUUCUUUGGUGACGCAUCUAUGGUGGUUCGGUGGAACUCUGGAAACUGGCCAAAUCUUUAUAAACUAGUUACACUAGAGGUACUUGGAGUGAGGCUUGUGCCAAUUAAGUGUCCAAUCACAUGCAGACCAGGUUGGAAAUCCCUCUUAGGUAAAGUGGUGGUGAAGAAGAAUGGUGGGAAAUUGUGUGCUUCAGACAGGCUCAUCUCUUUGAUGUACUAUGGCAAUGGUGUCACUGUGGGGGUUUGGCAGAAGGAACAGGAAAUCGCAUUUGUCUUAAUGAACUUACAUUAUCACAGACUUGUGGAAAGACAUAUUUUUGGCUCUUCCACAACUUCAUAUGAGCCAACAGACUAUCAAGCCCCUUUUGAUGACAUUGAUCCUGAUUAUGGUUUGCAUCAGUACAGUAUGCACCUUGAGCUGCACAACGCAGUAGAAAGCAUUGCAUCAAUUAGGUUUACCCAGCUGUUUUGCAGGAAAGAUCAGAUUGUUGAUGGUUACAUCCCUUUGCAAGUUAUCAGUAAAGAAAAAAGAUCAGGAUACAUAAGUCUGCCUGAUAAAAUCAGCCUGCCUUGGAGGACUGAAGCAAUACAGGGGCACAUUAAGCAUUGUUGCAUGAUGACUCUCACUGUUCUUGCUGAAGCCCAGACCCCAUUCUGGUGUUUUAGUGCUCCUGUAGCCAUCAAUAAAUCAAACAACAGAGACAUGUCGUAUGACUGUAAUGGAGAGAUUUUCUUUAUGGGAUAUCAGGACUCAAAUGGAAAGCUGGAAAUUGAACUGGAGUGGAUUGAGGAAGAGAAGCGGUUUGUCAUGGUUAAUUUGGUCAUUUUUCUUUCCAUUAGCAAAGUAAAUAGGUACUUCAGGAGGGACUAUUAAUUUUCCAAUGGACACAACACAUGCCACAUCUGCAUGUCUGGAACCUUGAUCAAAAUAAACAUCUUCCCUAAACAGCUUUGUAAUUUAAAAAAAAAAAAAAGUGAUAAACAUGAAUCCCAAUUUUGAGAAUAGGAAAACUAUUUCUAACAGGACUAUUAGGACAUUCCUGUUCCUAAGUUUCCACAAGAAAACAGUUAUCGCUGGGCCAUUACUGUCGUUUAGCAUCAUCAGCAUUCCUCUUAAACGCUGAUGUCUUAAGACAGUUGUUUAAUGUAAUAGCUCUCAGAUGGAGGAGGAUUUUAUCGCUGACGCCACGACAUGCUCACACCGUUAAAACAACAUUUGGCUGUGAUUAGUGAUGGAAGGCAGUUUUGAGGCAUAAACAACCCCUCUGGAUUGGGGCGUAAUGCGAUUGCAUUUAGUCCUCAGAGGUCAGUUCAACCUUGAAAACAUGCUUUUUAUCAACAGACACUGGCAUUUUCAUUUUCUUCAGCACAUUGUUAGGAGGUGUGAAGCUAUAAAAUUGCUUCUGUCACAAAUGUUAUGACCAAAAAAUUAAUUAGAUUGCUAGUUGGGAGAAAGCUGUGCCUGAAGGUUAACCAUUCCUUAUCUUUAAAAUGUGUUUUGUUGCACCAUCAUAAACAGAGUUGGACAGUUUAUAUAAAACUUUUCUGCUAGA